ACGCUUUCUGAAGCUCUCUCUCUUUUUAUGUCACUAUCGCUGUUUGCAUGUAGACGCAGCCAAUCUCUUCCCUAUGACGCCGGCGAGGCUGGGCUCAGACGGGUUUGAUCAUAAUAUUUAACACACCCACCCAGUAAGAGCACGAUACUAGUUCGAAUGAGAAGUAUAACAGCCACGGGACAAGUGGAAGCGAAAAUCUCUGCACCUGCCAAGCGGUGUAGCCUACUGGCUCUGCUGUUCCUUGAACGGAAAGACGGAGACGGGAGAUUUAUAUUUUUGACAGGAUCUGGCCUAGGCUUGCAUCCAGGUAUCUUCAGCUGACAAAGCAUCACAUGUUUUUUUUUAAAUCUCGUCGAUUUUUUUGCGUUGCUUUUCUUUAACGCAUUUUUUUGUGCCUGUUGCUAUUUCCUACAAGGACGGUGGCUACAUUUUUUAAUCUGAAAUUGAAUAAAGACUGUCCCUCGGACUUUUAACAAAAAUGACGAUUGGACAGCAUUGACACGUUUUUAUGCUCAGCAUUGCAUGUUCUGAGGAUGGAACAGUGCUUUCGCAACGCAAUUGUGCUAAAACACGUUUAAAAUUCCCUAAACUGUUCACUGCUAUUACGAUUAGAUAUUGUUUUGUGCCGUAUUCAGAAUAGCCACAGACCUAUUUGCUUUAAGGUGCCUGCUCUCCGCAAUGAGUCGGCAUGUCCAUCUGGUUGAAUAUGAAUAAUUCAGUCUUUUCUAAAAGACCAGCGCUCUGUGCGUAAACAUGGAGUUUCUGAUAUAACACGGAUUAUGUUUGGAAUGACCAGAAAAAAUAUCUAAAUUAUCUACAUUGGGUUUUUGCUCCAUAUUUCACAUGUACUAUACUUUUUUAUAUAUAUCGGUGUUGUGCGCUGCUUUUAUGGUUUAGUGAUAUAACAACAACUACUUAGAAGUGAAUCCUGUACAAAAUGAUCAAGAUGAUACUGUUUCGUAAAUUUCGAGUUUUGAUACUCAUGGUGUUUUUGGUGGCGUGCACCAUGCACAUUAUGAUAGACUUGCUCCCAAAACUAGAGAAGCGAGCGGCGGGACCGGAAACCGGCAACGGUGGCUGCCAGUGCACUCACAACCCGAGCGAGGAGGCCGGGAGCUGGGGGAAGCAACGCGCUAGGUCGGUGGCGGAACCGGGCUGGCCUAACAAACACACGCUGAGAAUCCUGCAAGAUUUUAGCAACGAGCCGAGCUCAAACCUCACGUCCCAUUCCCUGGAAAAAAUCCCUGCCGCUGGGGAGAGAGCGGAGUCUUUCAAACGAAUGAAACAGUACGACGGGGCAGCGGAUAACCAGAAGCCGCUCAUCAGAGACGCCAGCCGGGGUAAGAACGUUGCUGCGCCCGGUAUCUUCCGGCUGCCGUCUCUGUUCGAGCAUCCUUUAUACAAGACGGACCUGCCGACCCUCACAGACGACGACACCUUGUUCAACGUCAAUACUGACAUCAGGUUAUAUCCGAAAGCAGCGGGGAAUCAAGAAUGGCACAAUGAAGCUAACGUGGAAGAGGAGGAGUACCCCCCUACAGGGGAGGUGACAGCCGAGUCCUACCCCAACUGGCUUCGCUUCCACAUCGGUAUCAACCGCUACGAACUCUACUCCAGACACAACCCUGUCCUGGACUCCCUGCUCAAGGAUCUGGUCACCCAGAGGAUCACCAGUGUGGUCAUGAAGUCAGGAGGAACUCAACUGAAGCUCAUCAUGACCUUCCAUAACUACGGACAGGCGCUGUUCAAGCCCAUGAAGCAGACCAGGGAACAGGAGACACCCCCAGACUUCUUCUACUUCUCUGAUCUGGAGAGACACAACGCUGAGAUCGCUGCCUUUCAUCUGGACAGGAUCCUAGACUUCCGGAGAGUGCCCCCGGUGGCGGGAAGACUGGUCAACAUGACCAGGGAGAUACGGGAUGUGACCAGGGACAAAAAGCUCUGGAGGACUUUCUUCAUCUCCCCAGCCAAUAACAUUUGUUUCUACGGCGAGUGCUCCUACUACUGCUCUACUGAGCAUGCUCUGUGUGGGAAGCCAGACCAGAUCGAGGGUUCUCUGGCUGCCUUCCUGCCAGACCUGGCCCUGGCCAAACGCAAGACCUGGAGGAACCCUUGGAGACGAUCCUACCACAAACGCAAGAAAGCAGAGUGGGAGGUGGACCCAGACUACUGUGACGAGGUGAAGCAGACUCCUCCCUAUGACCGUGGUUCUCGUCUGCUGGACAUCAUGGACAUGACCAUCUUUGACUUCCUCAUGGGUAACAUGGACCGGCACCAUUACGAGACUUUUGACAAGUUUGGAAACGAGACCUUCAUCAUCCAUCUGGACAAUGGAAGAGGGUUUGGGAAACACUCCCAUGACGAGCUCUCCAUCCUGGUGCCUCUGAGCCAAUGCUGCAGAGUGAGGAAGUCGACCCACUUGCGUCUGCAGCUGCUCGCCAAGGAGGAGUACCAGCUGAGCCGUCUGAUGGAGGAGUCCCUGCUGCGUGACCGCCUCCACCCCGUCCUCAUCCAGCCCCACCUGGAGGCCAUGGACCGGAGGCUGCGCCUGGUGCUCCAGGUCCUGGCUGUCUGCGUGGAGAAGGAGGGCUACAGUAACGUGGUGGAGGUGGACGACCACCACUGGGCCAGAGAAGCCAGAGGGGGCAGGGACACAGCCACCCACAGGAACCCAGGGCACAGGUAGUGAGGCCUGGCUAGGAAGAGAGGGAGAUGGGGGGUGGAGGGGUGGUACCCCUGGUUCUCCCGCUUCUCCCCAUCCUGGACCUCCAAAGAGACUACCGUUGAUGGUGAACCAACCAUGGGUGUCUGGUCUCACGGAGAGACUGACUGGAUCCUGUGACUGUGCGGGAGCCGCCAUUUUGAAUUCAGUGAAUUCCGAGACUUGCCGUCAAUGCCUCUAUGGAACCUCCCAUGUACGUGUGUUUAUAUAUAGGUACUGUUGGUCCACAGAUAUAGCAGUGAGCUGAGGAGAGAAGAGGCCUGGUCUUUGCUAAGUACCAAUGUUUUAUUACUUCUCCUGGACAUGAUAAAUAGGGACCAUUUUGAUUUUACUUUGUUGGUUUUCUUAUUUUACUUUUGGGGGGUUGUUUGAAUGCGAAGGCUAUCAUUGUUUGCUCGGGUUAGCGCUAAGCUAGCUACAGUAUAUUUACACAACCAAAUGAGAUUUUACUUUAACAAGUUAAAAUGUGGUUUGAGAUUAAUUUAUGCACAGUAACUGGAGGAACGGAAUAGAAGGUUUGUAAAGCUUUCAUUUUAAAGGGAGAGUAUGAAAAGAAUAUAGUAUAUUAUUUAUGAUGAAUGUCAGUGUGACCGUUAUUUCAGUUGCCUCCAUUUUCAACCCAUCACUAUCUAUGACUUUGCCUAUAGGCCUCCAUUACUAUGAGACAUUAUACAAGAGGCUGUUUACAGUACAGAAAGUACCUGGUAUUUACUAAGAAAUUACAUGGUAAAAUGGUAAUUGUACAGUAAUACCCCAUUAAUUACUACAUAAAGUACUCAUUUGGUACUUUGGGAUUCAAACAAGCAUUUAAAUAUACACCAUUUUGAUCCAGGUAGUUCCCAAUUGUGGUGAAUUUUAAGCAUAAAGUAUAGUGAAAGCCCCAGCUAGAACUCAGUGAUGCCACAUCGUUUCCUAAUAAGUACCACCUAAAUACCCGUCGAAGCAGUACACCAUUAAAGAAAGUGCUACCGGUUUCCUUUUCAAUAAAGCUUUCAGUUCAACUUAAAUUCAGUGUUCAAAGCCUGGAUGGAAGCAGCUCUCUUAAACAAGGGCUCUUAUUGAAGCACCUCUCAGCAGCCCAGAAGUUGACUAGUGUUGAGUGCCCUUGCCCUCGUCCAUUAAUAUUAGAUAUCAUUCAAUCUUUCCAUUUCUUUUCAUCAAAGCCUUCCAUCAAAAUGUGUCACUCGUUCAUGGUUGGCACUUAAGAUAAUUGCUGCCCCAUUUAUUCAGAAAUUCUGCAUUUUUGACUGAGGAACUUCUAAAUCAAUGCUUUGCUGGAAUGGCUGGAAUGAAAACAUGCUGCGUGGUUUACUAGGACAUGUUUUUCAAGGACAUGAGAAUAGCCUUUACAGGAAGUUGUGAUAGAUGAUGACAGUGUGACCGACAUGGCUGAAACGUUUGUUUUUGCUUAGAUCUCACGUUAGCUGAGCCUACCUGUUCUGGUCUCAGAGAUCUCACGUUAGCUGAGCCUAUCUGCUCUGGUCUCAGAGAUCUCACGUUAGCUGAGCCUAUCUGUUCUGGUCUCAGAGAUCUCACGUUAGCUGAGCCUAUCUGUUCUGGUCUCAGAGAUCUCACGUUAGCUGAGCCUACCUGUUCUGGUCUCAGAGAUCUCACGUUAGCUGAGCCUAUCUGCUCUGGUCUCAGAGAUCUCACGUUAGCUGAGCCUAUCUGUUCUGGUCUCAGAGAUCUCACGUUAGCUGAGCCUAUCUGUUCUGGUCUCAGAGAUCUCACGUUAGCUGAGCCUACCUGUUCUGGUCUCAGAGAUCUCAUGUUAGCUGAGCCUACCUGUUCUGGUCUCAGAGAUCUCACGUUAGCUGAGCCUACCUGUUCUGGUCUCAGAGAUCUCACGUUAGCUGAGCCUACCUGUUCUGGUCUCAGAGAUCUCACGUUAGCUGAGCCUAUCUGUUCUGGUCUCAGCUGGCAUGGCAGUCCUGGCUUACAGGAUGUGGAUACAAAGGGUACCUCCCAAAUGACAUCCUAACUCCAUAGGGCUCUGGUCAAAAGUAGUGCACUAUAUAUGGAAUAGGGUGCGAUUUGGGAUUCAUACAUAUAAUAAUAAUACAGGACUAUGUAAAUACUGCCAUGAGAGAAUAUCAAUCUGACACUAUUCAUUUAAUAGGCCUUCGAGGUCUUGGUAAAAAUCCCCAUGUAUCUGCAUAUCAACAAAUGAGAGAUUUUUGCUGUUUUUCCCCCAAAAUACAUGAUCUCUUUGCUUUAUCCCCACGUGAGAUGAUUUUAUUACCAACAAUAUCUCACCAGUUUUGUUCACACUUCACGCAGCCUCAAGUUGACGUCAGUAUCAGCGAAAUGAUUAUUUGGGAGAAAUAGUCUAGUCUCUAUCCAUGUGGAUGUAAAGAUAGGUUGGAACUGUGACUACAGUGUAUACCAGUAUACAAGUCAGAUGCACUACCCCGUUGUCAUGCCAUUCAUCUUUUAUACCAACUAAAGUUACCAUUACAACACCAAACAAAUGUCAAAUGCAGUUUUCUGUUACAAUCCAGGCUACACAGUCACGCACAAUGUUCCUGUUGUAUUGUUCAACGCUUUUCCAAAUGAAAAGGAUUUAUUGACGUGUCAUGACAUUUAAACAUGGAUGUGGAAAUAAGGUUUUUCUCUUUUUGAAACAUUUCUCUUUAUGUUUUGGUACUAAUUAUGUUUUGGUACUAAUUAUGUUUUGGUACUAAUUAUGUUUUGGUACUAAUUAUGUUUUGGUACUAAUUAUGUUUUGGUACUAAUUAUAUUUUGGUACUAUUUACUGUUAUGUCCAUUUUAUGAUCUGAAAAAGCUGUCUUUGAUUGCUGGAAGCGUUGAGCUCUAUACAGGCGUUCUAUAUUCCACCAAUAGCCCCUAGAAUCUGGCUACGUAUGGCUAACCUGGUGCCUGUGGAAUGUUGGGUAUACUGAAUGUUUCAGGUGGCCAUACGAACAGGACUACAACUACAUAGAGGUCACACUACAGCCUGUGUGACCUGGAUCCUCAGACUAAGUUGAAAGAGUUAACAUUAUACAUUUACGUUUGAGUCAUUUAGCAGACGCUCUUAUCCAGAGUGACUUACAGUAGUGAGUGCAUACAUUUUUGUACUGGUCCUCCGUGGGAAUCGAACCCACAACCCUGGAGUUGCUCUACCAACUCAGCCUUCUCCUCCCUUCAUACAGCAGCAGUUAAAGGGUUAACUCAGCCCUGGGCGUUGUACUUGCAAUUUUCAUAUUGUCAGUGUAAAUAUCUAUAAAUAUAUUGGAAGACCUAAGAGGCUGCAGUGCCGCAGCGAUACGCUUCUGUUCUGUUUUCUCCUAUUGCAUUGUUGCUGUGAACAUCUGUUAGCUAAAUGAUAAAGGUGUGCAAUAAAAAAAUUACAACAAAGA